CACCUUUGGUAUGAGGAAUCUGCUGCCUUUAUUGUACUUCAUUUUUCAACUUUUUUCAGUUCUUUCUUUAAUUCUUCACCCAACAAAACACAGUGAAACACUCUGAAAUAGAGUUUUAAAAAGGAUGAAUUAUCAGGCGAUGUUACAGGCUAUGAAAGAAAAGGAUGCGGCAGAGAAGAAGAUGAAUUCAAAUGACUUUGUUGGGGCUAAGGAUCACUUGAUUAAAGCUCAUAAGCUUUGUCCUGCUCUUGACAACAUUAUGUCUAUGUUAACUCAGUGUGACAUACUAAUUACUAAAACAGUUGAGCUUCCCGGCUGUGGAAUUAUUGAUCACUACCGUGUGCUUCAAGUUAAGCCUUCUUCUACAUUUUGUGAUAUUAAAAUUCAAUAUGAUAAGCUUGUUAGCUUGUUGGGGGUAAUCAGGAGACAAUCUCCUUGUAAAAAGUUGGCUAUGGAACUUUUGGAGAAUGCAUUUAAAGUUCUUACAGACGAAAAGAAUCGCUCCGAGUUUGAUUUGAAGAGGUUAACUCAAGUAAGUCCAAGUUCUUCUACUUUUAAGGGUUGUUUUGCUAAUUUGGAAUACAUACAUAAACAAAAAGUUCAAAUGAUUGUUCAAGAAUUGAAUUUGUUUUCUGCUAAUCUGAAGUCAGGAUCGAGUACUAGGGAAGAGGCAGAGGACAAUGCAGGCGGUGCAAAUUUGCCAGCCAAAUUGCAGCCUGCAUUGCAAAAUAGAGCUGUCCAUGACUUCUAUAAUUUUGAUUGUGAUAGAACAGUUUGGCAUUUUGAGGCAGGUCAAAUUUGGGCUGUUAAUUAUAAAGGAAACGGGCAUCAUCAUUAUCGCUAUGCUCGAAUUGUUUCGAUAGCAAAAGCAGCAACUUGUGUUGCAUGGUAUAAACCAAUACCUGUUACUUUAAGUGAAAGAAGGUGGUGUGAUGCAGGAUUGCCUGUUGCCUGUGGCUUAUUUCAAGUCAAUUCGGAGACGAGGAUGAAUAUCGAGGUCGAUUGGCCCACGAUUGUGUCCUACAAAAGCUCAUAUGUUCAUGGUGUGACAGAGGAGCAAAUUGAAAUUUACCCAACAAGAGGUGAAAUUUGGGCAGUUUUCAAAAACUGGGAACUUGAUGGUUGGUCUUAUGAUCCUAAUUCUGUGAAAAGAUGCAAGCUUGAGUUAGUUGAAGUAGUAUCAGAGUUUUCAAAAUGUUUAGGUGUAGAUGCAAUUUAUCUUGCAAAAAUAGAUGGUUAUACUAGUGUCUUUGGAAGACAAACAAAUGGAGGAAAACCUGUCAGUUUUCAUAUACCUCCAAGCAAAAUAUAUAUGUUCUCUCAUCAGGUUCCAGCACAUAUGUUCAAGUGCAGAGAACUUGUUGAAGGAACGUUUGAGCUCGAUCAGAUGGCUUUGCCAGAUUACCUGAUUCAAGACAAGCCAGCCAAAAGCAACUUAUCUGAAUUCACAGUUACGCUACAGCUUCCUCCCGAGAGCAAAUGUUUGAUGCCGAAUUGGUCUCAGAAUGACUUUCUUCCAGGUCAGGUAUGGGCUGUGUACUGGGGAAACGAUUUUCUCCCGCGAAAUUACGUCAGGAUUAAUAAUGUGAUGUCAAAGACUCGAAUUUACGUCACAUUUUUGGAACCUGACCUUGUUCUUGAUCAUGCGACUGAAUGGUCAAGACAUGAUCUUCCGAGGGCUCAUGGGACAUUCAAAGUUGGUGGACAGAGUGCAAAUAUUGAAAUGUCACUUUUCUCCCAUUUAGUUAAGUGUGAAGAAAACACAAGCAAAUCAAGCUACAAAAUUUACCCACAAAAAGGAGAAAUUUGGGCAAUAUCCAGAGGGUAUAAUACUAAGCAGAAGAUAUGCCAAAUUGUCAAAAUUCUUUCAGAAUUUUCAGAAGGAGAUUGGAUAAAAGUAUCCAGGCUUGGAGAAGUGAAGGGCUGUCUGACAUUCUUUCAGGUGCAACAGCAUGAUGGAUUUGAUCUGGUUAGUUUGGUUUCAAGAGCCGACAUGUUUAGAUUUUCGCAUAAGAUUCCGGCUUCUAAAGUGCCUGGUAUUGGUAAGUAUGGAAUACCAGAUGACUCUUGGCAUUUAGAACCACUUGCUCUGCCUGUCAUGAAUUAUGCUCUCAGUGAUGUAUAGUUGUGUAUGUAAUGUAUUUAAAUUUUCAUGCCUCAGCUUCUAACUACAAUGUAAAUGUCUCCUAUAUAUAUAGCUCAUCAAAGAGAUGCCUUGCCAUUUUUCCUGAUUUGUUCAGUUAA